UGUUUAACGCAGUAUUGUUUUUAUACAUGCGGAACGAUUCAUGGAACAAACGCAUAUUUAAAUAGAAAUACCGCAACACUCUCACAAGCUAUGACAAAGAGGAAAUAUUCAAGAGUGCCUGUGGAACGUUUAACUGUCGUCUUUUGUCUUGGAUAAUUACCUCGUCAUUCUGUCAGGUGACAUUAAAUCCUGCUGUGCAGUGUUUCAGAGUUGCAAGUUCGUCUGUGAUUUUGUAAAGCUCUCUCUAGUUAACCCAAUUAAUUGACGUUACACUUCGUGUUUUAACUACCGUUGAAAAUGAAAAGUCGCAUUUCCGUGUUUAUUACUCUGUUCGCUGCGAACUAUGUUUUCCUGAACGCCUCGUGCAACUUGCAAGGGAAUGACGGUUGGAAAUUAUCCAAGGUGUUGGGGUUUUCUUGGGCAAACUGCGGAAAGUCAGGUGACCCUGCUGUAAUGAAGACUCUUAACUUGUCUCCAGAUCCCAUUCCAAUUCCAGGACAAAUAACAGCAGAUGCUUCAGGCACCACAUCAGUAGAGCUGACCUCUCCUCUUUCUGUGAAUGUAACACUGGAAAGAAAAGUUGCUGGUGUGUGGGUAAAAAUACCAUGUAUAGAUGAACUAGGCAGUUGUCAUUACCCAAAUGUCUGUGACUUGCUCAAUCAACUCAUCCCUCCAGGACAAGACUGCCCUGAGCCUCUGGAUACAUAUGGCCUGCCCUGCCACUGUCCAUUCAAAGCUGGUGAUUAUUCUUUGCCAUCAUCAGAGAUCUACAUACCAGAAGUUGAACUGCCUGGCUGGCUGACCAACGGCAAUUACAAAGUUCAGGGCAUUUUAGGAAGCUCUGAAAAUGAACUGGGAUGCCUUCAAGUCAGCUUUUCAUUACACUCCUCCCACGAGGAACAUAAUGAAACGGAGAGAAAGGAGAUUAUUUCUUAAUCGUUAAGUAGUAGUUGAUUAAUUACAAUUUUAUAAAUGACAAAAUCCUGAGUCAUCAUGAGCAUAUUUCCAUAUAUAUCUUGUUUUUAAAUGAUCGUGAUAUGCUGGAAGUAUUUUUAGAUCAGUUUAUUUUAAAACCAAUGAGGAGACUUACUAAUCUUUAUGUAUGUCUCUUCAGUACUGGAAAUCUUUAGAUCAUUUUCUGCAAAUGUUUUUUAUAUUUUCUUUAAUUUUUUUUUUACUUUCUUUAUUUGAAUAUUAUAGCAAUUUAACUAUUGCACUGUUUGUUAAUCAGUUUUCAUUAAACAGAAAUUUUUUUUAAUCAUGUUUGUACU